AUGGAGUCCACAACACACUCCAGUCACGUUGACAUUUCUGAGCAACACGUCGAGAAGACGUUGACCGGUGAUGUCCCCACCGAGCAGGAAAAGGUAGGCCAAACUGAAAAGGCCGAGCUCAGUGCCGAGCACCCAGCAGACGGACCUACCACGUGUGAGGGCCCCCAGUAUCCAAAGGGUCCCCAGCUUGCUUUGAUCACACUGGCAUUGUGUUUGGGCGUGUUCUUAGUUGCUCUUGAUAACAGCAUCAUUGCUACCGCAAUCCCAAAGAUCACGGUCCAAUUCCACAGCCUCGAGGACGUUGGCUGGUAUGGAAGCGCAUACCUUCUCACCACAGCUUCGCUCCAGCUACUUUUCGGAAAGUUUUACACCUUUUUCAAUGUCAAAUGGACAUACCUCUUCGCCAUUGGCUUGUUCGAGCUGGGCAGUCUCAUCUGCGGCGUUGCCAACAGCAGUCUGACACUUAUCAUGGGCCGUGCCGUUGCUGGCAUUGGGUCCGCGGGAAUUUUCUCGGGCUCGCUCAUCAUUGUUGCCCAUUCGGUGGCCCUGAAGAGGCGACCAUUAUACAAUAGCUGUAUCGGCGGCAUGUUCGGCAUUUCGUCCGUGGCUGGGCCUCUGCUCGGCGGGGUUUUCACCGACAAAGUGACAUGGCGCUGGUGUUUCUACAUCAACCUUCCAAUCGGAGCCGUCACUGUUCUGGUUAUUACAAUCUUUUUCACUGCCCCCAACCCCCCAUAA